AUGAUUUCUCUAAGAUUUCUUUUAUGUUUUAUUUUCGUAAGUAGUGUCUAUGCCACAAUUGUUUCUCAUGAUGGCCGAGCCAUUACCAUUGAUGGUCACCGCCGAGUUCUCCUCUCUGGUUCGAUCCAUUAUCCUAGAAGCACUCCUGAGAUGUGGCCGGAUCUUAUCAAAAAAGGUAAAGAGGGAGGUCUUGAUGCGAUCGAAACUUAUGUCUUCUGGAAUGCGCAUGAGCCUACUCGCCGUCAAUAUGAUUUUUCUGGAAAGUUAGAUCUUAUUCGGUUCCUGAAAACAAUUCAAGAUGAAGGAUUGUAUGGUGUUCUUCGCAUAGGACCAUAUGCAUGUGCUGAGUGGAAUUACGGAGGAUUUCCUGUGUGGCUGCACAACAUGCCUGGAAUGGUGUUUAGAACUACAAAUAAAGCAUUCAUGGAUGAGAUGCAAAACUUCACAACUAUGAUAGUAGACAUGGUCAAGAAAGAAAACUUAUUUGCAUCACAGGGAGGCCCAAUUAUUCUUGCUCAGAUAGAAAAUGAGUAUGGAAAUGUAAUGGGACCCUAUGGAGAAUCGGGUAAAGCAUACAUUAAGUGGUGUGCAAACAUGGCUCAGUCUCUUAAUGUUGGUGUUCCAUGGAUAAUGUGUCAACAAAAUGAUGCUCCUCAUCCUAUGUUGAAUACAUGUAAUGGCUUUUAUUGUGACAAUUUUGUACCAAACAAUCCCAAUACUCCUAAGAUGUGGACUGAGAAUUGGACCGGAUGGUUUAAGCAAUGGGGUGGUAAAAAUCCUCAUAGAACAACCGAAGAUGUUGCAUUUUCUGUUGCAAGAUUCUUCCAAAGAGGAGGAACUUUUAAUAAUUAUUAUAUGUACCAUGGAGGCACCAACUUUGAUAGAACUGCAGGUGGUCCAUACAUCACAACUUCAUAUGAUUAUGAUGCUCCACUUGACGAAUAUGGUAAUUUGAAUCAACCAAAAUACGGGCAUUUGAAACAACUUCAUGAUGUUCUUCAUUCUAUGGAAAAAACUCUCACAUACGGAAACAUCUCCACCAUUGACUUUGGAAACUCUGCAUCGGCAACAAUUUAUAAAACCAAAGAAGGAUCAAGCUGCUUUUUUGGAAAUGGAAAUGAAAAUUCAGAUGCAACCAUUAGUUUCCGAGGAGAAUCUUAUGUUGUCCCGGCUUGGUCUAUUACCAUUUUACCGGAUUGCAAAAAUGAGGCUUAUAACACUGCCAAGAUUACCACUCAGACUUCAAUGAUGGUUAAGAAACCAAAUGAAGCUGAGGAUACCCCUUCAACUCUGAAAUGGUCAUGGAGGCCAGAGAACAUGGACAACUUCGUUUUGAAAGGAAAAGGAGAAUCUACACAGACACAACUAUUUGAUCAGAAAGUAGUAACCAAUGACCAAAGUGAUUAUCUAUGGUACAUGACUACCGUUAAGUUUAAAAAACGAGAUCCAUUUUUGGGUAAAAACAUGUCUCUUCGCGUCAACUGUACUGCUCCUGUCCUUCACGCUUUUGUUAAUGGAAAAUAUAUUGGUAAUCAACACGCUGAGAAUGGAAAAUUUAAUUAUAUAUUUGAGAAAGAUGUGAAGUUUAAGUCUGGUCGUAAUGUCAUUGCUCUUCUUAGCAUAACUGUGGGACUUGCGAACUAUGGUGCUUUCUUUGAAAGUAAGCCGGCUGGAAUCACUGGACCCAUUUCUAUUACUGGAAGAAAUGUUGAUGAAACUAUAGUUAAGGACUUGUCUGCUCAUAAAUGGAGCUAUAAGACCGGAUUAAAUGGGUUUGAGAACCAACUCUUUAGAACAGAAUCAAUGUCUAAAUGGUCAGCUCCCUUAGGAAAUGAUCCAGUUGUUGUCGAUCUUCUGGGACUUGGAAAAGGUACAGCUUGGGUCAAUGGAAACAACAUUGGACGUUAUUGGCCAGCAUUCAUUUCAAGCGAAAAUGGAGAUAACACACUAGUUUUGUUUGAGGAGAUGGGAGGAAACCCAUCGCUCGUCAAUUUCCAAACUACUAGAGUGGGAAGUGUAUGUGCUAAUGUCUAUGAGAAAAAUACUAUUGAGCUUUCUUGCGAUAGAAAACCCAUUUCUGCCAUCAAAUUUGCCUCAUUUGGUAACCCAGAUGGCAAUUGUGGAUCUUUCGAAAAAGGAACUUGUGAAUCAAGUAACAACACGGUUGAUAUUCUCACACAAGAAUGUGUUGGAAAAGAGAAGUGUAUCAUUGAUGUAUCUACGGAAAAGCUUGGAGCACCGGAUUGCACUGGAUCUGCUAGAAGACUCGCUGUGGAAGCUAUUUGCUAA